CGUCGCGCUGGUGAUGUAUUUUGUUGUGGACGACCCCUGCUUCGCCUGCUGAGCGUGGGGCUCCCGGCUUCUGCCGCCUGUCUCUGGAUAUAUGAAAAGUGUUGGUAUUCUGCAUAAAAUGACUGACCCAGACGUCCUUACAGAGGUUCCAGCAUCUUUGAAAAGACUUGCUAAAUAUGUGGUACGGGGCUUUUAUGGCAUCGAACAUGCUCUGGCCUUGGACAUCCUGAUCCGAAACCCCUGUGUGAAGGAGGAAGACAUGUUGGAGCUGCUGAAGUUUGACAGGAAACAACUCCGAUCAGUUCUGAACAACUUGAAGGGUGACAAGUUCAUCAAAUGCAGAAUGAGAGUAGAGACUGCUGCAGAUGGCAAGACUACUCGCCAUAAUUACUACUUUAUAAAUUAUCGUCUUUUAGUUAAUGUGGUGAAAUAUAAGCUAGACCACAUGAGGAGGAGGAUUGAAACUGAUGAAAGAGAUUCCACUAAUCGGGCAUCUUUCAAAUGUCCCAUUUGCUUUAGUACUUUUACAGACUUGGAAGCCAAUCAGCUCUUUGAUCUCGGGACAGGAAUUUUCCGUUGUACCUUUUGUGAAGCAGAAGUAGAGGAGGAUGAGUCAGCAAUGCCCAAGAAAGAUGCUCGAACAGUUGUGGCACGGUUUAACGAACAGAUCGAGCCCAUUUAUGCCCUGCUACGAGAGACUGAGGAUGUUAACUUGGCAUAUGAAAUCCUUGAGCCAGAACCCACGGAAAUCCCAGCCCUAAAACAAAGCAAGGAACGUGCUGCUGCUGCUGCUGGAGCUGCUGGCCUUGCAGGUGGACAUCACCGGGAAGCUUGGACUACCAAGGGUCCAUCCUAUGAGGACUUGUACACUCAGAAUGUUGUCAUCAGCAUGGAGGACCAAGAUGAUCUUCAUCGGGCAGCUGCUGAAGGGAAACCCACCAAAGAGAGACCUAUCUGGUUGAGAGAGAGCACAGUACAGGGAGCCUAUGACUCGGAAGAGAUGAAGGAAGGUGGAUUAGACAUAGAUGCUUUUCAGGAUCGGGAAGAAGGCAGGAUGGCCUUGGACGAUAAUGAGGAGGUCAUGCGGGCCCUCCUCAUCCACGAGAAGAAGACGCCUUCAGCAGCAGUUGGCUCGGUUGGGGCAGCUGCUCCUAUCACCACGGCAAAUGGCAGUGACUCAGAGAGUGAGACAAGUGAAUCAGAUGAAGACUCUCCACCCCGUCCAUCGGCAGCUGUCUCAAUGUACCAAGAGGACGAUGACGAAGAAGAGGAGUUUGAGGAGGUGGCAGAUGAUCCGGUUGUCAUGGUAGCUGGACAUUCAUUCUCUUACAGCGAAGUGAGCCAGCGACCUGAGUUAGUGGCCCAAAUGACUCCAGAAGAGAAAGAUGUCUAUAUUGCAAUGGGACAGCGUAUGUUUGAGGACCUAUUUGCGUGAAACUUAUCCUGUGUCUUCCGUGCUGGCCAGAUUAGAGAAUGUAUUUUUCAAAAUAUUUCCCAAUAUUUAGUCUAAAGAAAUAUUCAUCUCACACAAAUCAGGACAAGGGUAGGAAUUUGACUUUAGUGUGCCAAAACAGAAAAGAAGAGGAAGGAAGGGAAGAUGAUAGAGUGAAUUUUAUACGAACUGGAAAAAUUCAUUCAUCCCUUUGUCAUCACAGUAUCAGUAUUUCUACUCAAUUUUUUUUUUUUUGUGCAUAAUUUCUUAACUUGCUCACUCUUUUAAGUGAGGAAUAUCUCUGGUACAGUAUGUAUUUUGAUUUUCCAACCUGUUUAUCAAAAAAGAUAUUAUGCAGCAGUUAGUUCUGAUAUGUAGCAUGGCAUUGUUUCUUAAUGCAGAGUUUUAAACAUAUAAAAAUAUGUAAAAUAUAUAUGCAUAUGUAUAUAUAAAUAUAAACUUUCCUAUAGGUGCCUAUAAGAGUAGUAACUUUUGUAACUUUCUCUUACAGUUUUUUAAAAUAUCAUUUUACAGGCCUUUGUGGACAGUAAAAAUUGUGUUUCAGAAUUUGACCCUAUUAAAAACGAUGUUUCAUUUACAUAGGUGAAUGUUAGAAUUGAAUAACUAUUUUCAAACUAUUUUAUACCAAUUAAAAUUUGUUAUUGCUACUAAUGUAACACCCAGGAGCAAGGGUUGAAACUGAUAUUUUAUCUCCUU